CUAAAAGCCAAAGCUAAUCGACGGCGACGAGAACAAAAAAAAAAAGAGAAGAAGAAGACUUUGUCGCCGCUCUCAGAUCUCGAUGGCACCGAAGAAAGCGGAACUAAUCGACAACCCACCUGUGGUCUCUUCGAGUGAAGAGGAAGAAUCUGGUUCAUCUGGAGAUGAAUCUGACUCUUCUGCUGAAGUUUCGAGGAAAGACGUGUCCUCUUCAAAGAAGCCUGAAUCUGAUUCCGAAGGCGAAUCUGAGUCCGAGUCCGAUUCCGAACCUGAGCCCGCUAAGAAGCCAGUUGUGGCCACCAAAGCUAAGUCAGAUGCUGCUUCUGGAUCUGCUGCGGCUUUACCGGAGAGUUCAAAAUCCAAGCGUCCUUUGAAAGAAGCUGAGCCUGAAGCUAACAAAAAGCUGAAGAUAUCAGAGACAGAGCAUGUGGUGAAGACGGCGAAAGCAAAUGAUAAUGAAUCUAGUAAGAAGAUUUCUAAAGAGGAUGCAAAGAAGAUGUUUCAGAGGUUGUUCAGUGAGACUGAUGAGGUUGCGUUGCUUCAAGGUGUUCUUGAUUUCACUUCUACCAAAGGUGAUCCUUACGAAGACAGUGAUGCUUUUUGCAGUUAUGUUAAGAAGUUGAUUGAUUUCGAUGCUACCAAAAGCCAGAUUGUAACUAAACUUCAGAGGUUGAAGAAGAAGUUUGGUAAUACUGUUAAGAAUGCUGCUAAAAAGGGAAAGAGUGAAGAUGAGGUUAAGUUUGCUAAGGAUAUUGAGCGUAAAGCUUUUGAAUUGGCUAGAAAGAUUUGGGGAAGUAAUGGUGUUAUGACUUCUAAAUCAAGGAAGAA